AUGUUAUCUGUUACUACCUUUUCUUUCCUGUUUGUCUCCCCUUCCCGAACUGUUCUUCCUUUUUUCAUUCAUUCUUCUCUUUUAUUCUUCCUUUUUAUUCUUUCCUUAUUCCUAACCAUUUGCUUUGUUAUAUUCCUGCAUCUUUCUAUUAAUAUUUUGCAUUUGCAUUCUUCCAUCCCUCUGUUAUUUUUUUUAAAUUUUUUCAUUCAUUCCUUUCUUCCGUCUUUCCUUCCUUCCUUCCUUCCGUUUUAUUCAUUCCUUCUUUUUCAUAAUUUGCCUUCAUUUAUUUAUCUCUCCAUCAUAUUAUUCCUUUUUUUUUCAUUCAUUUAUUCCGUCUUUCAUAGUUUCCUUCCUUCCUUCCUUCCUUCCUUCCUUCCUACCUUUUUAUUCAUUCCUUUCUUUCUUCAUUCUUCUUUUCGCAAGGAAAGUCGGUUCUCUCUGUUGCGACAGAAGAUUUCUCUAUUUUUUCUUUCCUGCCAGUCUUCCUCCCUCCGUUCUCUUCAUCCCUUUAUCAUAAUUAGCUUCAGCUUUCAUUCGCCCCUUAUAUUUUUAUUUUUUUCAUUCUUCUUAACAUGUGCCCUUGUUUCUUUUACAUCUCUUAGACACAACGCUUUUGUAAGUUUUUUAUGUUUUUUUCUUUUUCUCCUUUCUUUCUUUUUUUUCUUUCUUUCUUUCUUUCUUUCUUUCUUUCUUUCUUACUUCUCUCUCUUUUUCUAUUUUUCCUUUUUCUUUUCUUUUCUUUUUUUCUAUUUUCUCCCUUUUAAUAUUCACUGUUAUUUUUCUUUCUUUCUUUCUUUCUUUCUUUCUUUCUUCCUUGCUUUCUUUCUUACUUUCUUCCUCUUUUAA